AGGGGGCGGGGCCAGCGCGAGGCCGCGGCGGCAGGGCGGCCGGGGCGGCAGCGAGGUGUUGGCAUGAACAGGAUCCGCAUCCACGUGCUGCCGUCCAGCCGGGGCCGCCUGACGCCGCUGCCGCGGCCACAGGAGCCGCUGCCCUGCGCCUUCAGCCCCCGGCCGUGCUCCCAGCCCCGGCUGGAGGGGCAGGAGUUCUGCAUCAAGCACAUCCUCGAGGACAGGGCUGCUCCCUUCAAGCAGUGCAGCUACGUGUCGGCCAAGAACGGGAGGCGCUGCCCCAACGCCGCACCCAAGCCCGAGAAGAAGGAUGGCACGUCGUUCUGCGCCGAGCACGCCCGCAGGAACAUGCUGGCACUCCAGGCUCAGAUGAAGAAGUCCAACCCUGGGCCUGUGAGCGAGGCUCUGCUGUGCCAGCUGAGCUCUUAUGCCAAAACAGAGCUGGGCUCGCAGCCUGCAGAGAGCAGCCGCAGCGAGGCCAGUCGCAUCCUGGAUGAGGACAGCUGGAGCGACGGCGAGCAGGAGCCUGUCAGCGUGGAGCAGACGUGGCGAGGGGACCCCGACAGCGAGGCCGACAGCAUCGACAGCGACCAGGAGGAUCCCCUGAAGCACGCUGGCGUGUACACAGCCGAGGAGGUGGCUCUGAUCAUGAGGGAGAAGCUGAUUCGCCUCCAGUCUCUCUACAUCGACCAGUUCAAGCGCCUCCAGCACCUCCUGAAGGAGAAGAAGCGCCGGUACCUGCACAGCCGCAAGGGAGAGCACGAGGCCAUAGGCAACAGCCUCCUGACAGGCCCCGAGGGGCUGAUGGCCAAGGAACGCGAGAACCUGAAGCGGCUCAAGUGCCUGCGGCGGUACCGGCAGCGCUACGGCGUGGAGGCUCUGCUGCACCGGCAGCUGCGGGAGCGCAGGGCGCUGGCCACCGACGGCACAGCACAGCAGGCACACACCACCCGCUCCAGCCAGAGGUGUUUGGCCUUUGUGGACGACGUGCGCUGCUCCAACCCGUCCCUGCCCAUGACCCGGCACUGCCUCACGCACAUCUGCCAGGACACCAACCAGACGCUGUUCAAGCCGUGCCAGGGCUCCGAGGAGGUUCCGUGCAACAGGCCCGUCGCCGCCAGCCUGUCGGAGGAGCCGUGCUGCCCGCUGCACCUGCGCCUGCCCCCGCAGAUGUACGUGCCCGAGCAGGUCCUGGCAGUGCCCCAGGAGCUGGAGGCUGCCCCCACGGACCUGUACCUGAGCGCUGCCGAGCUCCAGCCCACCGAGAGCUUGCCCCUGGAGUUCAGUGAUGACCUGGACGUGGUGGGCGAUGGGCUGCAGUGUCCCCCCUCCCCUCUGCUCUUCGAUCCCUCCGUGGCCCUCGAUCCAGCCCUCAGAGACGUGGCCGAGGCCCCCAUAGACAUCCUGGCCCUGGAGGAGCCGCCUCCCCCCGGCCUCCCCCCGGCGGCGCCGGCAGACAGAGGCAGCUCCUCUGUCCACAUCUCGCUGCUGGCCGAGCCUCCAGCCGAGCUGCCUGCACAGAGUCACCAGAGUCACCAGCCCCCGGCAGCGGGGCCCGGGGACGCCGUCGCCUCCAGCCAGAGCCGCGCCGCAGCCGCCAACGGGAGCCUGGAGCCGCCGGCCCUCAGCUGAGCCCGGCCCUGGGCAGGGGGGACCCUCACCCCACCGCAUCCCUGGAGCUGGGGAGGGGGCCCAAACCCCCCAGGGAGGACCCCAGACCCUCAUCCCCUGUGGGGACAAGGACCUAUGGGCAGGGGUAGGGGGACUUCGAGGCUGAAGGGAGGGGGUGUGACUCGAGGUUCCCCCCACAAUAAAGCCAUGGAGGUGACACCGUGGAGGGACGGGGCUG